UUGUGACUAUACAUUAACCUAACGAUAACUCGUAGCUUAAAUGACAUACAUUAGAUUAGUGAUAAUGUUUGAUAAUGAAAUCGAGGUAGAUUUGCAGAACUCAUUUCGCUCGUUGGAUAACCGAUUAGGCGAUUAAAAUAUCAGGAAAGAGGUAUUUUUCGUAGCGUAAUAAACGAACGUUUUUGUGUAUAAAUUUUGUUUUCUAAAAUCGUUGCUUAAUUUAUAAUACACAUCUCUUUGGAUCAAAUUUCCUUCGUGAUGUUCGCCAAAAUGAGUCAAAUGUUUCUGUAAUCGUUGAUCAAAAUGUAUGAAACUUGGCUAUCAACAGAACAAUCUUUUAUACGUAACACUUCUGAACAUUGUUUUCUGUUCUGAGCCAAAUUCAAGUACAAAAAGUAAUCACAAUGGCAGCCAAUCAAAUGUACUACGUCGAUAAUCACAUGCAACAUGAUUUGAACGCUUUCCGCGAUCAAAUGCCUGAUUACUCGAAUCAGUCGAUGGAAAAAAUCGACGACAAAAGGCACAAAGAACAACUUCAAGAGUCGUUACAAAUCCAGCAAAUUCAAACCGAACCAUCGGCGACUGCUCCUCAACCUUAUCAGUUCCAAGGUCCGAUGCCUUUGCAGCUGAAACAUGCCUUUCGUCCGGGUCAAAAACCUUCCUUUCCGGCCGUCGGCGAUCCGGAUUUCGACGGUCGUAGAUUACGAAGAACUACUAUGAGGAAGACUGUGGAUUAUAAUGCGGCCAUUAUUAGAGAAUUAGAAAAUCGCCUGUGGCAACGUGAUUUUCGAGACAGAGAUCACUUGCAACCAGACAGUCUGUACGUUCCGCAUGUUCUUCCACCGCCCAGUUAUCCGGAGAAUCCGUUCAAUGCUGUGACCACAAGGUUCGUGAAAACUGCUACGAAUAAAGUCAGAUGUCCGGUGUUUUGUUUGGCUUGGACUCCGGAAGGUCGUAGGUUGAUCACAGGUACUAAUAAAGGUACCUCCAGUGGCGAAUUUACACUUUGGAAUGGGUUAACUUUCAAUUUCGAGACUAUAUUACAAGCUCACGAUUGUCCGGUGAGGACGAUGGUAUGGUCGAAUAACGAACUUUGGAUGUUGACCGGAGAUCAUUCAGGAUAUAUUAAGUAUUGGCAGUCGAAUAUGAAUAAUGUUAAGAUGUACCAAGGGCAUAGAGAAGCUGUGAGAGGUGUUAGUUUUAGUCCUACUGAUAAUAAAUUUGUAUCUUGUUCCGAUGACGGUACCGUUAGAUUAUGGGAUUUUGUUACGUGUAACGAAGAAAGGAUAUUUAGAGGUCAUGGAGCUGAUGUUAAAUGCGUUCAUUGGCAUCCGUAUAAAAGUCUCGUGGCUUCUGGUAGUAAAGAUAAUCAGCAGCCGGUUAAAUUAUGGGAUCCGAGGUCAGGGAAAUCGAUGGCAACGAUUCACGCUCACAAAGCAACUGUGAUGGACAUCAAAUGGAACCAGAACGGUAACUGGGUAGCGACAGCUUCACGUGAUCAUCUAAUCAAACUGUACGAUAUAAGGAACCUUAAUACAGACUUGCAAACAUUCCGAGGCCACAAAAAGGAAACCAGUGUCGUUGCGUGGCAUCCUCAACACGAAGGAUUAAUGUGCAGUGGAGGCUCAGACGGAUCAAUAUUAUUCUGGCAUGUUGGAACGCCCAAAGAAGUAGCUGCCAUCGAUCAAGCUCACGACAGCAUCGUUUGGGCACUGGCGUGGCAUCCACUGGGACACAUAUUGUGUUCUGGAUCAAACGACCACUCGUGUAAAUUCUGGACGCGUAAUCAUCCAGGAGAUCCUAUGCGUGAUAAGUAUAAUCUGAAUACAUUCCCAGCCAGUAUAUUAGGAUUCGAAGAAUACGAAGAUGAAUCCGGUACUAUACGUAUUCCUGGUAUGGGACCCGAAGAUAAAGUCGACAUUUCCAAGUUACCAGAAAAUAUCAUGUCCUCGAUUCCGGGCUUGGACAGUGGUAUUUUCAAGGAUAAAAAUAAAACUCAAAAGAAAGUACCUUACGCUAAACCUAUUCCUAAGAAUUUCCAAGCUCAAUGGAACGAACAAAGAUCAUCUAAAGAUAUUAUAAAUGUCGACGAAUCGUUCCUACCAGAUGCUAAAAUGAUGGCUAAUAAAUUAUUCGAGCAUGCUCCCGGAGCUAUUAACGUUAAAGAUUUGAAAAUUGAUAUGAUGUAUAUUUAUGGAAGAAUUGUUUCAGUAUCAGAAGGCUCCGAAAUCGAAAGAAAUUUAUUCGAAGGUCGUGAUAGAUUAGUAGAUUAUGUAAAUAAUGGUCGCGUUCCUGAAUUAAAUGAUGUGAUACCUCAUACCGAUCCAGCAGAAAUGCCGAGACGUUUAAGAGCUCUUAGUUUGUUUAAAACUAAAGGAAGACAGGUUCUGCAUUUGAUGAAGAAACCCGAAAAGAAAUCGUUAAAAAGAUCGAGAGACACUUCAUCUUCAAUCCCGAAUAAAAAAUGGCGCUCGGAUAAAUACGGCAGCAGCGGCAGCGGAGGAGGAUCAGAUUAUCGUAACUCGGGCGGUAAUUCGUAUUCGAACAAAGAUUACUCAUAUAACGAUUCCAGCGAUUACAGAUUACACCAGUCGAGCGGCGGCGGAGCCGGUUCCGGUAAAGAUUCCAGCCGUGGAGGUAAAAACGACGCCGAUUACGACGACUACGAUAACCAGUACGAUUACGACGACGGCGGAGCUGAUAAUUACUCGAACGAGCGAUCUUCCGGCGGUAGGAAUUACUCGUCUUCGAGAGAUUCGUGGAAAGACGAUAAUGGCGGAUAUCAAGGACGAUACUCAAACUCGGACCGAAGAUCUUGGAGCAAAGGGCCUCGUAGCGAUUACUCAGAUAACGGCGGAUCGUCAUCCAGAGGCCGAGGAUACCGUCAAGAUAGCCAGAAUCAAUCUAGUCAUUCGGAUUCGGGCGCGAGUAGCAAAAGAGGCUCGAGAGAUCAGUCUGUUGAAUACGGUAGCGGGUAUCAGAACGAUUCGCGAGGUAGCAGAUUCGAUAAAUCGACCAGAAGUCGCAGAGGAUCCGGAUUUACUCGAAGACCAUUCGGUAGCGGUAGCCGGUCGUCCGGUGGUGAUAAUUCUGAAUCUUCGUAUCGAGGAAGAGGAUCCAGGUUCUCGGACGCGAACGAUAGAUACGACGAUAAAGACGACGAAUACUACGAUCGAGGUAAUAGCGGAGCUAGCGGAGGUGGUAGUCGAGAUAAAGACGAUUACUACGAUAAUAAAUGGCAAGAUGAUAAUCGCGACGAUUUCUACGAUUCGAGAUACGAUGGCGGAGGGAGCGGAGGAGGAGGAGGAGGAGGAGGCAACAACAACGACGAUUAUUACGACGAUUAUCAAGAUGAUAAUUCGUCAGGAUACAGCGGUACUUCCAGAGGAGGCAGAUUUCAGAGUAGAGGACGUGGUGAGAAUUCAAGAGGUAGAAGGAAUUCCUACGGUAGAGGAGGACCGUCGUCGUGGAGAGGUCAACGAGGUGGCAAAGAUCUACCUCCUAGAAGAUCAAGAGGUAGAGGUCCAAGGAGAGGAAUGUAAUGAUGAUGAGUAACGUUUGUUUCAACCUUGGAAGAAGAUUUGUGACGGACGAGCCCCUUCAUCGUGUCGAUGUCGUGUUACCUUUUUUUGUUUACUUUCUCCUCGGCUUCGAAGCUGAUCAAAUUGUAACGCUUCGAAAACCCCGAUCACUCCUAUCCUCAACUUUUUGAAACGUAUCGAGUGAGUUGUUUUUCGUUUCGAAUGUUUUAAAAACGAAAAGAAAAAGUACCUUCAUCGAGAUGUACUUUUUUGAGAACUGAUUUCAACGCUCAUAGAUCAUGAUUUCUCAGCUCAAUCGAGUUCUCGACAUAAGUUUAAUUAUUUUGUAAAUUAAUUGUAUACACGAAACGAGUUAAAUUUAUACGUACGUAUUUUAUUUUAUUAUUUAUUAUUAUUUUUUUUUAUUUUGUAAAUAAAAUGGUCAAGUGCACGAGUUGCGUGCGCGAUUUUGUUUCCCGCUCUAUCUUUUUUGAAGAAAUUCUUGUACAUUAUGUUGUGAUGAUUUUCUUUUUCAUCUUAUAUUUUACUUAUCGAUGUACAUUUACACGCGUUAGAAUUUAUAUUGUCUUGUCGUGUCGUUUGUUUACUUACCUAUAUUUUUCUUUCUCUCGGAUGGUUUUUAAUUUUGAUUAUUAAUUUUUAAUGAGAGUCCCGUGUACCUUCAUUUAUGAAGAAAUAAAAUGACGUGUAAUUUUAUUGCCAUCGAGAACUCCA